AACCUUGGAAUGGAGGUGUCUGCGCGCAUGAGUCAAAUAGAGGCUGGGCGCCGACUGGUGCGCAAUGCUUUCCUGAGGACCACGGCUACCCAGGGCAGUCUCGUAGGUCAUGCCGUCGAUUGUUGCGUGGACAAUGCCUCGGUGAAGCGCAAAGCUUGGGUACAGGCGUCUGCGUUACUUCACACGUCCGCGAUAAGAUAAGAGACAGAUAAGAUCGAUAAGCAAUUAUGGGGCCAGCAUGCGGGACGCCGUUCCCUGUGACCUCACGACUCUCAAUCAACCUCGAACCCAUGCAUUCAUGCUCACGCGACGGCCAUCGUCUUCCGCUUCAACAACCAACCUCCGUCGCCUACCAUGACUCCUCCUGGCGACGGGCCUCUCUCACCGUGAAGACCAUGUUCCCACGCAAAGCCCUUCGAGCUCUCCAGCCUGUCGGCCACCAAUGCCGCCACUACGCCACGCCCCGGCAACCCGACGACGCCGCGCCCCCGCCGUGGCCGACGUCUGACCAUCCCACGCCAUACGAGAUCUUUGCCAUCAACAAGGUCACGCCCUACAACAAGAAGCGGUUCUACCAGCUGGUCAAGCUCUAUCACCCAGACUUGAAGGCGCCCGCCCACUCCAAGGUGCCACCCGAAGUACGCGUAGAGCGCUACCGACUCAUCGUCGCGGCCAACACUCUCCUCUCCGACCCGGACAAACGACGCGCGUACGACCUCCACGGCGUGGGAUGGCUGACGAGGUCGUCACUACGAAACUUUGACAAGGCGUGGCGGCAUCAACCGGGCAAUGCGUCAGCGAAUGCGACGUGGGAAGACUGGGAGCGUUGGCACCAGGCACGCGGCGAGGCGCCAGCCCCUCGUCAGGGCACCGUGUACAUGCCCAACAGCAUCUUUGCCAUGCUGAUCGCCAUGACGGUGAUGGUGGGUGCCAUGGUGCAGGGCCAGCGCGCGGAGACCUCGGGCGCGCAAUACCUAUCGGAGACGGCACUGCGACAUCAAGCUGUGGGCAAUGAAGUGAGGAGGAGCACCAUGGCGAGUGCGGGUAUGAACAAGGACGAGAGGAUUGGCCGGUUCCUGCGGGACAGGGAGAAUGUGUCCUAUCAGUUUGCGCCGAACAAGUUUGAGUCGCAGGACGAUGAGCAGGAGGAGAGCAGAUAAGGCCCCUCGAGACUACGUAUCCUUCUGUUUUCCUUGUCGGGCUCCUGCAUUUGCAAAGUUAUGCGCACUUCUCCCGCCCUUGGCUUAUUACACAAAUUUAGAUGAUUAGAGUUACGCGCUUCGCCGUGCCUUGCAGUGCCUCGACACGAAAGCAGGCAGAUGGCUCCUCGCAGAUGGCUCCUCCUAGAC